AUGGCUGGCCGCAACAAAGUGUGGUUGUUCAUGUUUGGCUUGACCUACUCGUUGAGUGCCUUUAUCCUGUUGUUUGUCUAUGAGACAUACUUUCGAAGCCUCGUGGUCUCCCAAUUUUCCUCCGAUUCUUUCGAGAGUCGUGGGGCGGAACACUUGACAACACCUCGGCGACGAAAAGCAACCGUGGCCUCUGGAAACUUCAGUUCUUGGUCAUUUCAAAACCGUAAUCGAGAACAAAAGAGACCAAACAGGGUUAUUCCAGUUUCUCAAAUCGAAAAUGUGCAUACUUGUACGCUUCACAAUGAUACCAUUACACUUCCCAUGGCUCCUGAUGUCAUUCUUGCCGGAGCCAUGAAGAGUGGAACCAGCUAUUUUUGGAACUUGCUGAGAAAGCACCCAGAGUUUAUCCCCUCCAGGAAGUUCGAAGCACAUUUCUUUGAUUGGCAAUUUGCAGUUCCUCCCAAAGAUCUUGAAAGUCACGAAUUCUGGACGAGGUUCGAUGAAACUGCCAAGACGAGAGAGGAACAGAUGUGCGCUGCUAGGAAACGGUACAUCGACGACAACUUUGACCGUGAACAACUCUUGCGGAUGAGGUACAACAGAAACAACAAUCGACGAGCAAAACUGACUUUCGAAAAAACACCCAAUUACAUGUUCUUGCCGCAGAUUCCUCGACUAGUCCACAAAAUAUGCCCGUGGAAUCCCAAAAUCGUUCUGAUACUACGAAAUCCCGUUGACAGAGCCUACUCUCACUUUGUCAUGGACAGCGAAAAGGAUGCCGUCAAUCUCUCAUUCGAGGAAUACAUCCAGCUGGAAUUAGACACGAUGCGACACUAUGGCUUGACGAAUGUGCCGAAAAUACCCGUCGAAGAAUGGGGAAAUCUCGAUCACGCCGAUCACCGCCAUCUUUUUCAAGUGCCUGAAACCAACAUGACAAGGGACGAAGUGGAUCAUGCCGAUUGGAUGGUAUAUCGACAACGACAUAUGCGCAACUAUUUGCAACGGGGAACAUAUAGUCUGCAAUUGGAGCGGUGGAAGGAACACUUCCCACUCAAUGAAAGACUCCUUGUACUUGACAACGAUCGCCUUCUCAAGGAACCCCGAAAAGUCAUGGGUGAGGUAUUGGCUUUUCUGGAGGCUCCCAGACCAGACUUCUUCGCCAAUGAAUCCGUCCCAGUGGACACCUCUGAAAGCGAGAAGAUGAGACACGCUAGAGUCAAGGGAAUUUCCAAUCUCUUGUCAAUUGGUGGGUAUGAUCCUAUGGCGAAUUCGACGAGGCGGUUUUUGGAAAUGUUCUACAAGCCAUACAAUCAGCAAAUCGUGAAUGUGCUGGGUGAAGAGUGGAGAGGAGUUUGGGGUUGA